AUGCAAAACAAUCAAUAAUAACAACCAAAAAAUCUCAAUUCAAAUAAAAUCAAUAAAUCUCCUAUUAUAGAUAAUAGAUCAUCCAGAAAUUUGUAUGAAUAAUCAACUGAAAAAUCUUCAAUAAACAAGUCAUUUAAUGAAAAAAAAAAAUCAAUCCCUAAAGCAAAAGAUAUUUUAGAACUCUUCUACAAAAGAUAAAAUUCUUAAGACUAAUUAUUUAACAGAACUUCAAGUCCAAAAUCUUCGCAUGAAAAUACUUCUAUUAAUAAAUCUUAACGAUCCAUUUCUCCUCAUAUGCUUUAUUAAAUGCCUUAAGAGAUUAAGAAAAUUUAAUAAUAAAUUAAUCACAGACUUGAUUAAUAAAAAUAAUAACAAAAUAACAAAUUCAAAGGUAAUUUAAAAUAAAAGACAGAAGUAUCAAAAUCACAUAAAAAUGAAUCAACCAGUUCCACUAUUAAUGAUUCUGAUGAAUAAAUAUCAAAUUUUAUUAAUUAAGAAGAAAUUGUAUUCACAAUUAUGGCAGUAAUUAGUAGAAAAAAAAAAGUUAUUAAUUAAUGUCAAAAUUAUUUAAAUCGAAUUUCUCAUUUCAUAAUAGAAGAAAAAGAUAAAACCACUUUACAAAUUCUCUCCAAAUAAAUACAUCUAGAGAGAAUAGGCAUCUUAGUAAUUUUGUAUAAAGCCUUAUCUGAUACAUUUGAAGAAGAUUAAUAGAAUUUAAAAAACCUUUUAUUUUACAUACACAACAGUAUGAUUUUACAUCUUGAUUUAAUUAACUAAUCAAAUUCUAUUUCAUAAUCUCAAAGAGCAUUAAUAUAAGCCAGAUUAAAUAAAGUUAAACCAUAAAAAAACUAUUAAAAUGUAGAUAUAAAUUCAAUCCGUAAGAACAGUAAUGUUGUUUAUUCACUUUUAAUAUUAUUGUAUAUAUUUGAAAUAAAUUACUUUAGUAUCGAGAAUUCAAAUGAUAAUAAACUUAAUUCACUAGAGAAAAAUCUAACAAAUAUCGAUCGACUUACUUUACAUCAAGGUACUGAAUUUAUUAAGCAAGAAUUUUAAAAAAUUGUAUAAUUAAAUUAAUAAUGUAGGUGGUCCAUAUUCAAUAGUUAAAAUUAACGAUGGAUUCAUAAGAUUUUUAAUUUGACUAUGAAGAAGUUAUAGAUUGUUAAUAGAUACCUUAUUUAUCUAAGACAAAUAAAUAUACUUUAGUCAUAGAUUUAGAUGAAACAUUGGUUCAUUAUUAAGAAGUAAAAAUUGAUUGUUUAUAUAGUUAGUAGAUGAGGGUUAAUUUUUAGUUAGACCUUAUGCAAUUUAGUUUUUGAAAGAUAUGUCUAAAUAUUAUGAGAUUGUUAUAUUUACAGCUGCACAAUAAGAUUAUGCAGAUUUCAUUUUAGAUCUUAUUGAUGAAGAUAAAGUUAUUUCCCAUAGAUUAUACAGAUAGCACACAACUUUUUUUAAGAAUACAUAUGUAAAAGAUAUUUAGAAGAUUGGAAGAGAUAUUAAGAAAACUAUAAUAAUAGAUAACUUGGCUGAAAAUUUCUAAUUUUAACCAGAGAAUGGAAUACAAAUAUAAAGUUGGUAUAAUGAUACAGAGGAUUAAGCUUUAUUAUUAUUGUCUCCAUUAUUAAUUUUAAUUGUUUAAAAGAAAAUUUCUGAUGUAAGAGAAGCUUUAAGGAAAUUUAGAGAUCAAAUGUAAAAAAAUAUAGAGGCUGGUAUAUCUGAUCCUCAUUUACAUUUAAAUUUAGAUUGA